GUACCAGGCAGGGCCUGUGCAUUGCUAUGGACACCUCCCGGUACAGCAAGUGGGACGGCAUGUCUGAGGAUGUGUCCGGGGGGCACUGGGGACGCUGGACAUCCUGGAGACAUAGAAUCUUCUUCCUGGCUUUGGCUGUCUUGGUGGCCACAGUUCUGUGGGCGCUCGUCCUGAGUGUCCUCUUGUCCGAGGCCUCCAGCGAGCGGGAGGCGCUACUCCUGCACCAGGACGCGCUGAGUACAAACGCCUCCAAGCACGCGACGGCGCUGGGUACCUUGAAGAAGGAGGUCGGAGCCUGCGGGAGCUGCUGCAAGGAAAGCAAGGCUCAGCUGCAGAAGGCGGUCGUGGAGCAGGCGGCUACGCAGGCCAAGCUGUUGGAACUAGAGAGCGCCCUGAAAGAACUGACCACCCGCGUGACGCAGGACGUGGCUAAAGCGAGCAGGGACCGCGAGGACAUCCGCAGUGAGCUGUACCGCGCACUGGACAACGCCAAGGUCCAGAACGGCUCCUGCGAGCCAUGUCCCGACAAGUGGCUCCUCUUCGAGGGCUCCUGCUACUUUUUCUCCGAGAAGUCGGACACGUGGGAGCAGGCGCAGCAGCAGUGCGCACUUGUCAGUGGGCACCUGGCCAUUGUUGGGGGCCUGGAGGAGCAGGGCUUCCUGAGCCGGAAUUUGCGACACAAGUACGGUUACUGGCUGGGCCUGCGGGCCGUGCGUCAGCGGGGCAGGAUUGAAGGCUACCAGUGGGUGGACGGAGUCCCGCUCAGCUUCAGCCACUGGAACACUGGGGAGCCCAAUGACUCCAGGGGCCAGGAGGACUGCAUCAUGAUGCUGGAUUCCGGGCUGUGGAAUGACGCCCCCUGUGGGAAUACGAGAGAUAACUGGAUUUGUGAGAAGAGGCGCAGCUGCUGACUCCGCCCAGUGCCCCGGAGCCACGCCCACGGGGCGCCAGGUACUGCAUUACCGUGGUGGCUCCUGGCACCCACUGCCAGAGAUUUUUUUUUUCCCGUCCACCACUGCUGAAAACUGCUUGGCCCAGUCCAGCCCUGUCAGGUGCUUGUGGCCUGAGACCCGUGCUGCAGUCUGAAGACCUAACCUGACCUCUGUCUCUCCCCAAACCCCCCACUCCAAGGCUCCUGGGAUAUGCCCCAUCUCUCUCCCUAGUCACCUUAAGGUGGCAAAGGGGUGGAGCUGUUUGAUAUUCUGGCAUUUUCCCCCGGAAUGGGAGAAGGUUUCACAGUCUGGGGAAGUAGCAAUAAACA